UCAGGAAAAAACCUCAGACUCUCAGAGGUUAUAAGCCAGGCCAGAAAGUCAGAAACAAAGUAACAAACAAACCUCACACAACGCAGGACGCACAAAGAGAGAGAGGGCAGAAGCAACAAGGAACGCAGAGGAGUAUGGACAGAAACUAAGGAUGCCCAUUUCCCAGCACAACUGUACAGCUCCAGGACAAAACACCACUCUUUUUUUGGUUGCCCGAAUGCCGCAAUCAGUUCAUUCUCUCUCUCUCUCUACCUCUUCUCCUUCCCUUCUAUGACACUUGAUACCUUCUCAACUCACCAAUAUUAUAAUAUUACCACAUUCAAACAUUUCCUCUCCUCGCCGCCGGUCAACCUCACUCCCCCACCAUCUCUCCCCCACAAGCCGCGCUGGGCCCGAAUGGACUCCGGCCCAGCAUCCAGCCCACAACAACAUCACCACAAGCUCCGCAAGGACAAGCUCAUCGUCAUUAUGGGAGCCACCGGCGCCGGCAAGUCCCGUCUCUCCAUCGACCUCGCCACUCACUUCCCUUGUUGCUUCGAAAUCAUCAACUCCGACAAGAUGCAAGUCUACAAGGGUCUCGACAUCACCACCAACAAGAUUCCCGUCCCCGACCGCCUCGGGGUCCCUCACCAUCUCCUUGGCGAGUUAGACCCGCUCAACGGCGAGCUCUCCCCCGCCGAGUUUCGACAACUCGCAGGUCGAGCCGUUUCCAGCAUUACUUGUAGAGGUAAAGUGCCUAUGCUCGUGGGUGGGUCCAACUCUCUUAUUCACGCGCUCCUCGUAGACCGGUUCGAACCGGGUGUCAAUAAUGUGCUGGAAAACGGCGCCGAGUUAGUGUCAUCGGAGCUCAGGUACGAUUGCUGCUUUCUCUGGGUUGAUGUGUCAUUGGUGGUUUUGGCCGACUACUUAUCGAAGCGAGUGGACGAAAUGCUUGAGUCGGGAAUGUUUGAGGAGUUGGCCGAAUUUUGCAAGACGGAGGAGGAGGACGACUCGGCGGUUCGAACCGGGUUGAGAAAGGCUAUUGGAGUGCCGGAGUUCAGCCAGUUUUUUAAAAAGUACCCGCCGGGAAGAAGUCAGUGUCAGAGUGCCGGGCCCCAUGAUCCGCUGCGGAGAGGAGCAGCAUACAACGAUGCGGUGAGGGCCAUCAAGGACAACACGCGUCAAUUGGCCAAGAAGCAGAUUGGAAAAAUUUUCCGGCUGAAGGGGGCAGGCGGGUGGGAGCUACGGAGGCUAGACGCGACGGAGGCGUUUAGGGUGGUGGUGACGUCAGAUAACGACGAUGUCGGAAGGAGGUGGUCGGAGAUAUGGGAGGAACAGGUGGUGGAACAAAGCGUGAAAAUUGUGAAGCGAUUCUUGGAGCAGGAGUAGGUCGUCCAGCUUUUUCCAGCUAUACUCAAAUUUUCUAGUUAUUUUUCUUCCAAAUUUUUAGUUUUGUUUACGAUGGAACUGGGACUGGGCUGGACCGGUCAAGACCUGAAAAACAAAUGUGGGAUUGUGGUGUUUACAAAUUUUGGGUUUGGAGGGAACUGCCCAAAAUAUGACGAUACAGUAAAAUACCAAGGGAAAAAAAGAGAGAGACAGAAGUUUUUGUCAUCAAGAGGAGAGUUUUGUGAAUUUUCGCCAUCUUAAUUAGAAAAUACUGUGAAUUUUGUUAUAGGUUUUCUUUUGGGAAUCUCUUGAUCACAUAUUAUUCGUGUUAUUGUUUUCUAUGAGGGAGGAAGAAGCAAUUUGCACAGCGAGCAAAC